AUGGUGCCAAGUCCUGGCUCUGCAGCUGCUACUAGAAGGUGCAGCUCCAUUUACAAGGGCUUUGCACAGUGUCUGCUGGCCCUGGGGGACAGUCUGUCUGUCACCAGCCAAAAAGAAGAGGACACGCAGGAGCUCGAAUCGAUCUGCAGGUCAUGGGACGAUUUUCAUGACUGUGCAAACUUGGCCAUGGCUGGCUGUCCUGAAGAGGCUGCUGUUGUGUGGGAGUCCUUAAGACAAGAGUCCAAAAAGAUGCAGUUUUCAGGGAACCUGUACGACAUGUGCUCCAGGCGCUCCAGCCAAUCAGCAGCACCUACUGCAGCCCAGAACUCAGAUGGGAUCAAUCAGGAGUCUUUGAAAGGACAUGCCAGUCAUACAAGCCCAGGUCAAAGUGUCUUUCUCUUCCUGUGUCCGUCACUACUACUUCUGUAUUUGUUAAUAUGAGCCAUGUGUCAAGAGACCUACACAGAAGUGCAAAUAACAACGAACUGACGUUAGACGUUGAUAUUUCUGUCAGAUAACACAUUGUAAAUAAUGAUUCUUUUCUGCAGUGCAUGUGAAAUUGCUGAAAUUAUUACCCAGUCACUUAGAAUAUCUACAAAUCCAAAUCAAACGUUUAACAACAUGUGUUAUUGUUGGGAACAAUAAAUUUUUUAAUUAAAUAGUGGCAAGCUUCCAAUGGUGGCUUCACAAUAUUUUUGUGAUUGGUUGUUGAAUUUCUCAGUUACUUAAACUUCAGAUAUUUUUAUUGACCAGAAUAAACUUAAGUCCAUACUUACCAAACCCACUGUAUAUCCGCUACACAAUCACUCAACAAGUUAUCUAUGAUAGCCACAAGUGCUCACUGUGGUGGAAUAUUUAUUUAUCUACUUAUUUAUUACAUAAUUAAAUUGUUCAUAUUAAGAAUUUGAAAGAUCCACUUGAUUAAUGUUGCUAAUUAGCAGUUUUAUUUUAAUGUAAAGAUGUAUACAUUUUAAAAGAUAUAGAUCUGUACACUGUGAACGUAUUUUAAAAUGUAAUAUAUGCAAUAAAACUAUUAAAAUAGUUUAUUUAGAAUUUUGCCUAUAUUAGUUUUUUAAGACUGACCAACAUAAUCAUGAGGAUUUAUUUAGCUCCUUUCAUGCAGCCCUACCCAGAGCAAUAAAACAACGUGAAAUCUACAGAACUACAGUUCAAAUUUUCUGUCUCACUUUUAAACCUUGCUUUGUUUUUAGUAUGUAUAGCAAAAUGGUUUUAUUUGAU